AUGUACAAGACUGAGGAGGCGGCAGAGAUGCUACUAUACCUUCAUGAUCAGCAAUAUGUUUUCCCGGAAUCACUGAGCGACGAUGUGCUCUUGUGUGACGUGGGCGCCUCGGUCCAUCUCUUCGAGGAUCCUGCAAAUACCGGCUUCGCAUUCUUCCUUCGCUACCACGCUAAUACUUGGACACUGUGGAAUGUACUCUUGAUAUUCGAAUCUGCUCUGUUUCUAUGUGCAUGGACCAAGAAAGCGGCAGUCGAGAGUAGUGGCAAUCAAGCCUGUCAGGUCAUCAUCGAGGAUCUCAGGGGAGCUCUAUCGAUGGCGUGGUCCUCUUUGGAUGUUUCGGAUGGCCAGCCGGAUUUUACGAACACGAAGGUACUCGCAAAGUCUGUCUUGCUAUACUGGAGCCGUGUGCUGGUAAGUUUGAGUGAGAAGCCGUUUGCACGUACGCUUGGGCAGGCUCUCGGCCAAUACGCACGGUCUAUAGGCACCGAAGAAGAUACUAUGAUGGAGUAG